AUGGCCGCCUCGGCUUUGUUCCCCUCGGGUGGAUUAAUUGAUCCCACCAAAGACUAUCCUAUCAUCUUGGGUGAUCAAUUGGCCGGAGGAGACACGAAACCGCAAUCGAAGUUGAUCAACAUUCAGUAUAAUUAUAAAACGAAGUCCGCGUCCUCGCAGCAACGCACCCAUAUCACCAGAUCUGCGCAAUAUCCGGACCUAUAUAACCUCACGAUCACUGACAAGGCACCGAAUGCCGAUCAUAGUGUUAUAACAUACUCAUACAAAGGCAGCGUGGAUCCAGACCAUGCUACGCCGGAGUCCCGCGAGCGGAAUCUGGUUUUGGUUUUUGAUCCGGACCGUAAGGUCUUUGUUCUCGAGCCGAUUGCGACGCAGUUGAACUUCAAUCUUCGGUCGGCACCUAAUAAAACUGAAAAGCAGGUGACGGAGCAGUAUACGCAGCUGAGAACAUUGCAUGAUGAUGACCAGGGCUCUGGUGAUGACGGAGCAGUUGAAAGAGCCGCUGACACUGACGACGGUCCCGCUGAUGACAGCAAUCCCUACGACUAUCGUCACUUCCUGCCAAAAGAAAACGCUGACGAUGACAAGUCCGUUUCGGAUGGUGCAAUGGCAGCUCAUCUCAAUACCAGUAAAGCCAAUACCCCUCUGAUGACCGCGGCCGCCAAACCUACUCCAAGUCCCAAAGCUCGGCCUAAGCCUCAAACCAAUCCUCUCCGUCAACUAUCACGCCCGAGCAAACCUUCUAGAAACCAAACAAAAACUGCUCCCAAGACGAAUCUGGAGCCUCCAGCGCAAGUUGAGCGGGAAGAGCCUCAGGAGGAAGAGAUAGAGGAGGUGGAGAUCACAGCUGGGGAAAUGAAAUCAUCCCCCUCGGACACUGGAACCGAGUUGGUAUCGUCCUUCAAGGCGGCUCCGUCACCAGGCUCUAAUAUCAUAAUUGACGGAGAUCUGAUCAUCGAUAUGGGAUCACCCCCUCCAUCUCGUCCCGCUUUCAGGGUUAAUCCAGCACACUUUUCGUCCAAUAAUACUCCAGGAAAGGAGGAAGAUGGUGAGGAAGAAAUGGAAGCUCUGCGGCUACCAUCUCCUGUCGGCCGCGGUGGUGCUUCGUCCGAGAGGGUGGAAACAGCACCGGCAACACAGGAGGAGAUUGAAGACGAUGACGAUGCACUAGCGGCUGAAAUGGAGGCUGCUUUUGAGGAAGAAGCGAGGAAGCAGGAAUACCAGCCACCGUCUCUGCAGUACCAUGUUCCCAGUGAUGAUGAGAGUGAGGUUAGUGAGGAGGAAUGA